UACAUUUGAGACAAGUGCUCACGUGACAGUUUGUUAGUAGGCGUCACUAGCCUAGCGCUCUCGUGCAUGUUGAUCUGGUCGUCUUGCUGUGUGUCAGUUUGCAAAUUAAAGACACGAAUCAACUAAAGCAAAAGGCAGCUAACGGUAGUUUUUUCUUUAAUUUCCGAAGUACAAUUCAGAAUAGAUAAACAUGGCUGAGUUGAUGGCGGGUUUCGGAGCGUUCACCCACGCUCUUGUUCGGGGUAUCGCUUCAUCCUUACCCAAAGAAGCGCUGAGGAUGAGCAGUGCGGAGGUGGACCUGGCCCGGGCUCAGCAUCAGCACGAGAUGUAUGUUGGGGUGCUGAAGCACAAACUCGGACUGCAAGUGAUCGAACUGCCCGCGGACGACAGCUUGCCAGACUGCGUGUUUGUAGAGGACGCUGCCGUGGUAUGUGGAGACACUGCUCUCAUCACUAGACCUGGGGCACCCAGUAGGAGAAACGAGACUGAAGCAGUGAGAAAAGCCCUGAAUGACCUUGGCCUCAAUAUAGUGGAUAUGGCUGAUGAUACCGCCACGCUGGACGGUGGAGAUGUGCUGUUCACAGGUAGAGAAUUCUUUGUGGGCUUGUCGAAAAGGACAAAUCAGCGCGGUGCAGAAAUUCUUGCGGAUACUUUCAAGGACUAUGCUGUCUCAACAGUCCCUGUCUGUGACAAUUUGCAUCUGAAGAGUUUCUGUAGCAUGGCUGGCCCAGGACUGAUCGCUAUUGGCUCCAGUGAACCUGCACAGAAAGCCCUGAAGAUCAUGCAGCAGAUGAGCGACCAUCGCUAUGACAAGCUGACAAUACCAGACGACGCAGCAGCAAACUGUAUCUAUUUAAACAUCCCAAACAAAGGCCAUGUUGUCCUGCACCGCACACCGGAAGAGUAUCCUGAAAGUGCAAAGGUAUUUGAGAAAUUGAAGGAGUACAUGCUGAUUCCCGUAGCUCUCACAGAAACCGCGAAGGUAGAUGGAGCUCUCACCUGCUCAUCUAUUCUCAUCAACAAACAACGUGAAAUCUGACACACAGCGAAAGAAGUUCCUGCAAAAUGGCAAAAAAUUAAAAAUGAUGUUUGGUACUUGAACUUGUGCCUAUUAAGUGACCCCUGUGCUUUUAAACUAGUCUGUCACUGUGCUACUGACCCCUGUUUACAGUCCUUAAAUUCAAGUAGUGAUGUCUAGAUACCCAGAGAUUAGGAUGGCUUGAUUGCUGAUGUAUCUGUUUUUAAUGUAUUCCUGCCUUUUGAGGUUUUAAAGAAAUAAUUGUUAUGCAUUUCCUGACUGACUUGCUCACAUAGUCAUGUGUCUGCAGCACACCACCAUCCUGACUGAAACAUGCACACAUAUAAGGGACUAAUGUCCCUAAGGGCUCUGUGAAUACAACCAAACUCAUGGCUUAGGUGUGGGCUAACCAGGCCUUCAGAGGUGAAAGGCUAGUGAAUUGACAUGUGGUGCCACAUUGCCUGUAAUAGUUAGUCAGUGAGGAUGACAAUACCUUGAAUUCUAACACCUACAUCUUGAAGAGCUCAGCCUGUCAGCUGAGUGAUGCUCCGGCAACAGUCAAUUUGUUUAAAAACAGUACAGUGUAAUAAUGUAAUGUAACAGAGCAAUUAACAAAAUGUAACGAAAAACAAAGUUAUACACCCUAAAUACAAUAUUGGCCUAAAUGUUAAUGCCAACUAGCACUUCAUAAUAUAUAGUGUUGGGCGAUACCAAAAAUGUGAAUCAGGAUACGAUACCAAUUGAUGUAUCACGAUACUCGAUACUGUCAAGAUACUAUUAAUUACAUAAAGUCCCCUAGAACAGAAAGUAAUGUAGUAAGCAAAGGGAAGUGAGUAAAAACACCCAAACGUGUCCCUGGUUUAUUGUCCACUCUUAACACAUAAAUCAAACAGCGCGUACAAGACAUGCAACACAAAAGUUAUAUCAGAAUGUCCAAAAUCAGAUGUCAUUUCAGUUUCCCAGCCACUGCAUCAAUAUUCAGUACAUGAAAAAGCUCACAGUUCAUUAAUGUAUUGAAAAAUAAAAUACAUAUUCUGAUGAAAACAAAAUAAUUCAAGUGCAUCUAAUUAAACAAUUUGCAGACCAGUGUUUUAAAAAAUGCACACUUGAAUAAAUGUACAUUACUUAAGUGAUAGUGCCUGUCGAUGAAGGCUCUACCGUGUGGUAGUUGACCACCACUGGGGUUUUGUGCUCAAGUCAAGGCUAACUACCACACGGUAGAGCCUUUAUCGAGAGGGCACUCGCUAUUAGAAAACAAUUUUUCUCAUUAUUUUCUUUAAAACCACUUUUGGCUUUUGUCGUUGCAAAGUGUUGAUUGGCUGGUUUUGGUGGAUAAUAAAAUACAUUUGGACCAAUUGUGUAUUAUUUUAGUAUUGGCUUCCAAUCAAAAUGAAAAUGCUGCCACUUGCGGGGAAUGGUUUUAAAUGCGAUGCUGUGACAUAGCAGCGGUCUAGUAGAAGCCUGCUAGAGCAUGUGCUCCAUUUAUUUAAAUAACACCUGGCAAAAUUAGUAGGGAUUUUGGUAGGCAUUAUGUAAAUUAUCAUUUUUUUGUUUAGUUUUUCUUUUUUAAAUAAAUACAUUUAAAAAUGCUUAGCUCUUCAAAACAAUGUUUAUUAAAUAAAUAAUUGUUUAACUAAUAAUAUUAAAAUAUAAUAUUAGGUUUUUUUUUUGUUGUUGCUUUAAUAGGUUAACCACACUUUUGUAUGUGGGAUGCAUUUGCACCUCUUUCUGCCUUACUGCUGACAAAGGGUUAAUUUACAAGAGCUGUCAUUUGUAUUUGAAUCGAGUGUUGUUUUUAGCUUGAUCUGAAGACCUCAUUUUAUUUACUGUUUGAAUAUACAUUAUUGAUAUGAGGGGGGGUUACUGACUGCAUUAUUGAAUGAGCUCUUACUUAAAUACUACUAUACUUCCAACAAUGUUGUGGAGUUGUGUUUUUUCACAAGCAAUCUGUUAAGCAUCCGCAGUUUUAAAGCAUGUGCAUGUCAAAUCAUUGCAGUAUUGUCUCCACUAUACUACCGCGGCGCAGUUAAUGGCCCGAUGCAGGUAUCGUGAUAUAUGGGUACUGGUAUAUCACCCAACACUAUUACAGCUGAGUUCUUCCAUUCAGGAUGCAAGACAUCAUUGUGUUGAGACAUGGAAAGAAUUUCAUUGGAAGAAUUAGUUUACUAUAAAUAAGCCAACUUUGUUUUAUUCCUCUGCACAUUUUUGGUCGAAUUUAUGACAAUGAUUUCAUACAGUCUGGCACUGCUGGAACAACAACAUUAAAACCAUAACUUGUGACAUAAGCUAUAUUUCAUUCACAAGGCACUUGGCAGUAGAAAGAAAUGAUACCACAGAUUGGACUCUAUCCAACCUAAAACUCACACUGUAAAAUAUUGAACAGAUGUCAGAGGGUUUGGGUCACAGAGCAUCAGAUAGGACAGCCGGCCCCACGUAGCAUCCCUGCUUGUCAAUAAACACUUCUACUUACUUCAAAAUGUUUUGUGUGCAUGAUAAUCAAGAUUUGGCUGCAGAAUCUAAAGACCCUGCAGGAAAUACUAAAAUGUGAAUCCUUACAAUGUUUGUUUUGAGAUAUAUGAAAAUGAAAAGAAAGACUUAUUUCCGCUGGUUGAUUAGGUAAAGGUACUUGGUUUUUGAUUCCCUCCUGCAAAAAUGCAUUCAAUUGCAUAUGCUUGCAUGCACACACACUAGAUAGCACUCCACCACCAUGCUGGAGUUUUGAAGACACACACAUUAGCUGAGAAUGUGUAAGAAGUGUAGGAACAUGUUUUCAUUAGAUCUUCCUCAGGAUUACUUUGUUUUGUGCCAAAGACUUUAGAGCAUUUGUAUGUGUCAGGGAGAUUUAUUUGUCCAUUUUAAAUUCUGAGUUAAAUAAACUAUUAUCCAGUG